GACCAAAGAUCUCGACGUACUCGUCCAGAGGAGCUGUUCCAGAGGGAACCUCCACUUGAUCUCUUCGGCGCACAAGCCUCCUCUGCACCUGACUAUACUAAACGACCCGCUGUCUUCCGAGUUCGCCUGGAGAACGGGGCUGAAUUACUUUUCCACUCUGCUAGUGAGGUUGUGAUGCGCCGUUGGGUGACUUCAAUUAACGAAACUGCAACUCUCCUCCUUUCGCUAGCAGGUCUUGCGUCCCCAAUGCAAGCCACCGGCAGCGGCUCUUCAGCCCAGCUCUCUGGCCCAACUCGGCCGCAUCGUUCGGCUACUCUGCCCAUAGGUAGUCGUCCGCCUGGUAGCUUGCCAGGCAGCUCCACUGGUCUGCUGUCAUCGCGUGAAGGCACACCUCGAAAGAGUCGAUCCUUUAGGAAGCUUUUCAGUAGAAAAUAG